AUGGGGCGCACAAAAAUCCUGAUCGCAGGCGCAGGAAUUAGCGGUCUGGCCAUCGCUAUCAUGCUGGAACGACUGCCAGAGGACAAGAAAGUCGACUACCUGAUCCUUGAACGAUCCGUCAUGAUGAGCGCCAUGGGCAGUGCGGUCUCGCUGCAGACCGCCGUGAUCCCGCUCCUCAAGCAACUGGGCAUCUGGCCUGAGAUAGAACGCAUCAGUAAACCCAUGAGCCAUUUCUGUAUCAAACGAGCCGACGGCUCGGAGCUGGGAACCGUCGACUAUGCCUAUGGUGAUAGCGAGUACUCAUAUUACGGGAUUGUUAUGGCAAGACCAGAGCUGCACUCUAUUUUGAUGAGCCAUGUCCCCAGCAGCAAAAUCAUUUUAGGAAAGAGGAUCGUCGCCACAAGUCAGGAUGACAUAGGUGUCUCCUGUCACUGCGCAGAUUCGACCAUCUACCAUGCCGAUAUCCUCAUCGGUGCCGAUGGUGCUUACAGUGCCGUUCGACAGGCGCUUUACAAGGAUCUUUGGGCGCACGGAAACUUGCCUCGACAGGAUAUUACCCCCGUCAAACUGGAUCAGGUUGUUGUAGUCGGGGUUACAGAGCCGCUUAGUCCGGCGGAUUACCCUAUGCUCAAGGAGGAUGUCUGUCAGUUCAGGAUUGUCCUUGGAGGACAUGACCGACCCUAUACGAUGUGGAUGGUACCAUUAACAAACAACAGAUUGGGCUGGUCUAUCGGCGGGCGGAGCAACGCCUCGGACGGAUCAUCAUUUUGGAGCGAGAGCCAGGAGGAAGCAACGGAUUCGUAUGCAUUUGCGAAUGACAGCAACCGGAACGCGGACUGGUCUGAAGCCGAAACAGAGUCGAUUGAAGAGAUUUGUUCACAGAUGCGCUCAAAGCGGAAUCCGUUCGGGUUUGGAACCUAUGGCGACUUGAUCGAUAAGACGCCCCGACAUAUGAUCUCCAAGGUCAUGUUUGAGGAGAAGGGGUUCCGGACGUGGUAUGGCGGGCGCACUGUUCUCAUUGGCGAUGGUGUGGCGAAUGCAAUGUUUGAUGGCGCAUGUCUGGUCAACCUGAUCCACGACCUCUCUUCACAGCCGACGAUGGACGAGCUGGGCGACCUGUUCCAAACCUACUUUGAGCGUCGGUACCCAGCAGCACGGAUCGCGAUCGAGGGCAGCAGUCAGUUCUCGCGACUCUUUCAUGAUCAGGCACAGGUGGAGGAAGAUGGACGCGUGGUGAUGUACAACAGCAUCCCCCGGUGGCUGCAGCGCUGGACUCUGGACAGCAACAACAAAGUCGAUCCAACACUCGACUUUGUCCUCACGAAAAUGUCCUUCGCGCCCUCUAUCCAACCCUUUGCCACUGUCCAAGACGAAACGGUGCACUUUGACGCGGAUGAACAGCCCACGUUGGGAGGAUCACAUAGACACUCGUUCCCACCAGGAACAGCAGUAUCGGGGACGGCAGUAGGAGUAGGAGGCGAGGCAACUGUGCCAUUAGCACAUUCACCCUCGGUCCCUGUAGAUAUCCCUCAUUAUGUAUCCCACAACAGUAGAAGUUUUUGA